AAAUUUUUUGGCUUCCAUUCAAAAAUCUUUGUUGGCCAGUCCGUUCUUUGGGCUUUUAUAAGUAAUCCAUAAUUUUAUUGCCAAAAUGCCGUCCGAUGCCGCUAAAAAGCGGCAAGCCAAGAAGAAAUCUCAAGCACAAGCCAGGGGAAAAUCUAAAAGUACGAACAAUGAUAAAGAAACGUCAAAAAGUGUUACAGAAAUUGUUACAAAUGGAUCGACAAAUGGCGAAUCUAUAGCAUCGUGUACCGGCGUUUUGGCUUCACAUCCGGAAUCGAGGGAUGUUCAUAUUGAAAAUUUCUCUAUAACUUUUCACGGAGUUGAACUCUUGGCUGAUACACGUUUGGAGCUAAACUGUGGUAGAAGAUAUGGUUUACUUGGCUUGAAUGGCUGCGGAAAGUCGACGUUAAUGAAUGUGAUUGCAAAUCGGGAGAUUCCUGUACCAGCACAUAUAGAUAUAUUUCAUCUAUCAAAUGAAAUGCCUGCCAGUGAAAAGACUGCAUUAGAAUGCGUUGUUGAAGUUAAUGAGGAAAGAGCUCGUCUUGAACAUGAGGCUGAAAUGCUAACAAGUGAGGGUGAUCAAGGAAGUGAGAGGUUGAUGUAUGUCUAUGAACGUCUUGAAGAACUUGAUGUUGAUAAAGCUGUAGCACAGGCUGCUCGUAUUCUUCAUGGCCUUGGCUUUACUGCAGCAAUGCAAAGAACAAAGACAAAAGAUUUUUCUGGUGGUUGGAGGAUGAGAAUUGCUUUAGCUAGGGCCCUCUUUGUUAGACCUACAUUGCUAUUACUUGAUGAACCCACCAAUCAUUUAGAUUUAGAUGCUUGUGUAUGGCUUGAAGAAGAGCUAAAACAAUACAAAAGAAUUUUAGUCAUAGUAUCACAUUCACAAGACUUUCUAAAUGGUGUUUGCACAAAUAUUAUACAUAUGCAAGAAAAAGCUCUUAAAUAUUACGGGGGUAAUUUUGACAGUUAUGUUAAAACAAGAGCAGAACUGGAAGAAAAUCAAAUGAAACAAUAUAACUGGGAACAAGACCAAAUGAAACACAUGAAGGAUUACAUUGCCAGAUUUGGUCAUGGCAGUGCUAAACUAGCAAGACAAGCUCAGAGUAAGGAGAAAGUUUUGGCUAAGAUGGUUGCAGGUGGUCUAACAGAAAAAGUUAAAAAGGAUAAGGUUAUUGCAUUUAGUUUUCCAAGUUGCGAAAAACUACAUCCACCUGUUAUUCAAGUACAACAUGUGUCUUUUAAAUAUUUAAAAGAUAAGCCAUAUCUGUAUAAAGACCUGGAUUUUGGUAUUGACUUGGACACAAGAUUGGCUUUAGUUGGACCUAAUGGUGCUGGGAAAAGUACGUUACUAAAACUUCUUGAUGGUUCACUAACACCAAGUGAUGGUCUUAUACGAAGACAUAACCAUCUCAAGAUUGGACGUUAUCAUCAGCAUCUACAAGAUAUGCUCGAUUUGGAGAUGUCUGCUGUUGCUUGGAUGAUGCAGUGUUUCCCAGAGGUGAAGGAGAUUGAUGAUAUGAGAAAGUCUAUUGGUAGAUAUGGUUUGAGCGGUAAACAACAGAUGUGUCCUAUGAAGAACUUAUCAGAUGGUCAACGUUGUCGUGUUGUUUUUGCAUGGUUGGCAUUUCAAGGUCCACAUCUUCUGUUACUUGAUGAACCUACUAAUCAUUUGGAUAUUGAAACAAUCGAUGCCCUAGCUGAUGCACUCAAUGAUUUUGAUGGAGGAAUGCUGUUGGUUAGCCACGAUUUUCGGCUCAUAAGUCAGGUCGCUAAAGAAAUAUGGGUGUGCGAGAAUAAAGCUGUGACUAAGUGGGAUGGUGAUAUCAUUUCUUAUAAACGGACUUUAAAGAAGAAAGUACAAAAAUAUGUUGUUGAAUAAAUAAACCUUUGGCUCUCGGUAGUAAAGGCUUCUAAUCGAAGAAGAAAUUGUAGUGAAACUGUCGUGAAAACUCCAUAUAUUGUAUUGUAGGUAACAUUCUGUUGUAUAAAAAUAUUUCUGUAAAUUAUUUUGUACAGUAAGAAUUUAUCAAUUUGCUAAAGUAUUUUGAACAGUAUAAGUAAUGAAUGAUAUGAAUGAAUGGAAUGAAUGUAUUUUGUAUAAAGUGCAUUCAAGAUUUUGAAAUUUAGAAUAAGGUACGAGUACUUGACCUAUCCAUAUAAAUACAUGAA